GUGAGGCUCAAGGACUCGCACUCUGUUUCUGCUCUGGUCUUUAUUUAUAUACAAGGGUCAUACAACAGUAAGUGCGUUUGUUCAUGACAGUGGAAUGUGGAUGAUGUGUAUGUAUGUGUGUGUGGGUGUGUGAGCGGGGAGCGGCUCCUCUUCCCGGUAGGGAGUGAAACUACUUGUUCAGCUCUUAUUUAUCGCUGGAAGGAACUGCUCCUUCCCUGCAUGAUAACAGAACACAGAACAAGUCUUGUAACAAACAACAGUCCGAGUCAUCAAAAAGUCACCAUGCAGUAUUCUAUCAUCGCAGGCUUAUAUCAUUCAAAGUUUAUACUGACUACUAAGUACAAUUUUCCAUUGACAAAGUCUUGUACAUUUAAAAUAUUUUUUGCUCUAAAAAUCCAACCACAGUUUGUAAAUAUGUUCAUGUUUCCUCCUCCAGAUGCUCCAGAGCUUCCCUCUGUGUCAGUGAGUCCCUCUGCUGAGAUAGUGGAGGGCAGUUCAGUGACUCUGACCUGUAGCAGUGAUGCUAACCCAGCAGCUAAUUACACCUGGUACAAGGAGGAUGAAGACUCCUCUAGAACAUCAGGACACAACUUCACCAUCAGCAACAUCAGACCUGAGCACAGUGGGAGUUAUUACUGUGUGGCCCACAACAAUAGAGGGACUCAUAACUCCACCUUACAGCUGACUGUUGUAGCAGGAGCAGGAACAUUAGAAGCUGCUGGAGUAACUGCUGCUGUUCUCCUGCCUGUCAUAUUCUUCUCUGUCUUCCUGUGGAUUCAAAAAAAGAGGAUGUCCAAGGAACCUGUUAAAUCUGAAGACAGAGCCAACAACAGAGAACAGUGUUUACCUGACCAGAGACAGCCAGAGGAGCAGGAUGAUCUUCAGUACACCAGCAUCCACUUCUCCAAUAACCAGGCAGAUCCUCUCUACUCCAACAUCAGAGCAGCUCAGCCUCACAGACAAAUGCAGGAACAGGAAGUUACUGAGUACACUGCUGUUAGAUUUAACAGAGGCAGUGCAGCCAAGAGAGACAGAAGUCAGGAAACAGGAGAGUCUCCAUGUGCACUGUUCUCCACAGUCAACAAAACCAGAUGAAGGGACGGGUUGAUGAUGAUGUGAUAUUUACGUAGACUUAAAAAA